AUGUGCUAUAAUAUCGUUGAUGAACGGAAGAUAGUUUGUGAGAUAGGUCGCUACCGAAAUUUGUAUGUAGUAUGUAAACAAAACCAACCAAACGUGGCAGCCCGGCGAAAAGAAAUCAACUGUUUUACGCAGAAUGAAAGUAUCAUAUAUCAUCGCGAAAAUUCGGUACUUUAAAUACUUCUUGAGUCUUAUUUGUAAUUCCUUCUUAAACUUUUUCAGCACUGAGAUUGCUGUUUCACAAACUUGAGGGGGAAAAAAGAAGCUGAUUAACUAUAGGAGGUAAUACGGGGAAACUCCAUUUAAUGUAACCAGCAGCAUUUGCACAACAAGGCCGUCCAGACAAAACACCAUGGAAGGUAUAAUCAUCAGAGAAGCAAGGAAGGAGGACUGCAGUGAAAUAAAACGACUAAUUAAGGAACUUGCAGAUUUUGAAAAGAUGCCGGACAAUGUACACAUAACUGUUGAUGCACUUGAAGAAGACGGAUUUGAUUCCAGACACCCGUUCUUCCACUGUUAUGUGGCAGAAGUUGCUGCAGGACCAGAAGAAGAUGCUGUUGUUCCAGACAAAGAAGAAAAGAGAGGAGCUUUUGGAUUAGAAGAUGCUGUAACCAAAACUCGCCAACUGAUCGCAUAUGCAAUAUACUUUUAUGGAUACUCUACUUGGAAUGGUAAAUCAAUGUUCCUAGAAGAUCUCUAUGUAACACCAGAUUAUAGGAGUGUUGGGCUUGGUUCUGCACUUUUUGAUAAAGUAGUUACGAAAGCAUGUGAAACAGGAUGCAGCCGAAUGGACUUCGUUGUUCUUAAUUGGAAUCCAGCACAAGAUUUUUACAAACGAAAAGGUGCAGUUGACCUUACUUCUGAACAAGGUUGGCACUAUUUCCGGCUCAACAAAGAUUCAAUGGAAAAAUUAGCUUAUAAGAAGGAUAAGGGAGAAACAGAGGACUAACUUUUUGUGUGGCAGUAUGCUGCGUUUUUCCUAUGCAGUUUGCACUAGCUGAUAAAUCAGCUUUAUUUUUUGUAUAUUUCUUUUAAGAACAUUUGCAGUGACUCACUAUAACUAGAGGCAAAUUGUUUUACAAGUUUUAUGCUUGUAGCCUUAUCAGUCAUUGCAAAUAGAAAUCUGUGUAAGUCAGAAUUUUAGAUAAACUGUGAUUGUAAUGAUUCUAGUGAGUAGAUGAUAAAAUAUUAUAAUUCAUCAUACGUGAGAACUGUCACUAUGAAGUGAAGUGUACCAGUGUUGAGACUUGUGUGUUUUUGAUACUGCUCUUAUUUGUUUUGCUGUGAUACUUUACAUAUUAGCUGUUCUAAGAAAAUAUCUUAUAACUACAACAUGUGAUAUGUGUGCAAAAUAUAGUGCAUAAAUUGGAGGUUCAAGAAAUGGGAAAUACUGAAAGAUGUUUUGUUAUUUUAUCACUUGUAUAUUACUAUUCAUGUAUACAAAUAGUGAAAUAAAGUAAAUUCUUUUAAAUAGGAAAAAUUGGAACAAAUGAA